AUGGGAUUUAAAGAGACGAGAACCAUUGGACUUAUUGGGCUUGGUGACAUGGGGCUCAUGUAUGGUAGAGUAUUGAGCGAAGCUGGCUGGAACGUUGUAGGGUGUGACAGGGAGGAGUUAUUCGAAGAAACAAAACACAAGUUACAAUACGAAAAGUUCAAGCUUGUGAAGAAUGGGUUUGAAGUGGCUAGAGUAAGCGAUUAUGUGCUCUACAGUGUUGAAGCAGAGAAUAUUGCAAAGAUCGUGCGAUUAUAUGGACCUGCUACAAAAGUAGGAGCCAUUGUUGGUGGUCAGACAUCCUGUAAAGUCCCAGAGAUUGAGGCAUUCGAAGAGUUUGUGCCUGCUGAUGUCGAUAUCAUUUCUCUCCAUUCAAUGCAUGGGCCAAAGGUCGAUCCAACCGGCCAGCCUUUGGUGGUGAUUCCUCAUAGAGUUUCCAAGGAUGAAAAUAAAAAGUUUAUUGAAGAGGUGGUAAGUGAGUUCAAGUCAAAAGUGGUGGAAUUGAGUGCCCAUGAGCAUGAUAAGAUUACAGCCGAUACACAAGCUGUGACUCAUGCUGCUUUCUUGAGUAUGGGGAAGGCCUGGGGUAAAAUUGAUACUUAUCCCUGGACCGCCGCCAGAUGGAUUGGUGGUAUAGAAAACGCCAAAACGAACAUCGCUUUAAGAAUAUACCUGAACAAAUGGCAUGUUUAUGCUGGGUUAGCAAUUACCAACAAGUUCGCUCACCACCAGAUGUUACAAUACUCUAAAUCCACUACUGAAUUAUUUACAUUGAUGGUACAGGGGCAAAAAGAUGAGCUUAGAAAAAGGUUGAUGAGUGCAAGAAAUUAUGUUUUCAAAGACAUUUUGGAUAACCCACAACACGAGUUGUUGUUAGAUGACGAUCUUCUUUUACAGUUUUCUUUGGCCAAUAUGCCACCUAAUUCAGAGAACUCUAACUCACAUUUGUCACUAUUGGCAAUUGUUGAUAGUUGGUUCCAAUUACAGAUGGUGCCUUACAAUCAUAUCAUUUGUUCCACUCCUUUGUUUAGAAUUUUCCUUGGUGUUACUGAAUAUUUGUUUAUCAAGGAUGGUUUAUUAGAUGCUGCUAUUGACUGUGCCAUUGACGAUUACCGAUUUAGAAGAGAUGAUUUGGAAUUUACUUUAGCUACGAGAACCUGGAGUUCUGUGGUGAGGUAUGGAGAUUACAAGUUAUACCAAAAGGAAUUUGAGGAAACACAGUCUUUCUUCCAACCAAAGUUUGCUGAAGCUAACAGAAUUGGUAAUGAAAUGAUUAGAACAAUUUUGCAAAAAGUGAAAGAAAGGGAUACCAAGUAG